AUGGCCUGUCCUGAACAUAAAGCCAAUAACUUUAUUAAGUUCAUAUCGGUGUUGGUAGCAGUGGUGUUAAUAGUUUUGGGGGUGUUGAAAUUUUACUUCACUCCAGACAUUCCUAUUUUGGUGGGGAUUUGGACAGUGUAUUGGAUUAUUUUUGGGUUAUUGUUGAUACUUGUUGAAUUGAACGUAAAAUUGGUAAAGGAAUACUUUGGAUUUAUGAUUGAAUACUGCGGAAAGGGCAUGUUUGUGAUAUUCUGUGGAACCCUAAUGAUAGAUAGCUUUGUGGAUCCACACAUAGUGCAUGAAUCCAUUGUAGGAUUAUUGAUCAUAUUCGCUGGGUUUCUAAUAAUCAUAGUGGGAUAUUCUGCAAUGCCUAGUUAAAACUUCCCCCCUCCUCCAGUUCCAGUUUGA